AAGCCUGACGAAGUGGUGUUCAGCAAGUACUGCAACUCCAGCGACAUCAUGGACCUCUUCUGCAUCGCCACCGGCCUGCCUCGGAACACGACCAUCUCCCUGCUGACCACGGACGACGCCAUGGUCUCCAUCGACCCCACCAUGCCCGCAAAUUCCGAGAGCACUCCCUACAAAGUGAGACCUGUGGCCCUCAAGCAACUCUCUGAGAAAGAAGAGUUAAUCCAGAGCGUGCUGACCCAGGUGGCAGAGCAGUUCUCAAGAGCAUUUAAAAUCAACGAACUCAAAGCUGAAGUCGCAAAUCACUUGGCAGUGCUAGAGAAACGCGUGGAAUUGGAAGGACUGAAAGUGGUGGAGAUUGAGAAAUGCAAGAGUGACAUUAAAAAGAUGAGGGAGGAACUGGCAGCCAGAAGCAACAGGACCAGCUGCCCCUGUAAGUACAGUUUUUUGGAUAACAACAAGAAGUUGACACCUCAACGCGAUGUCCCCGCUUAUCCCAAGUACCUGCUCUCGCCAGAGACCAUAGAGGGCCUGCGCAAGCCGACCUUCGACGUCUGGCUCUGGGAGCCCAACGAGAUGCUGAGCUGCUUGGAGCACAUGUACCACGACCUCUGCCUGGUCAGAGACUUCAGCAUCAACCCCAUCACGCUCAAGAGGUGGCUGCUCUGCGUGCACGACAACUACAGGAACAACCCUUUCCACAACUUCCGGCACUGCUUCUGCGUGGCCCAGAUGAUGUACAGCAUGAUCUGGCUCUGCGGGCUCCAGGAGAAGUUUUCCCAAAUGGAUAUCUUGAUCCUAAUGACCGCAGCCAUCUGCCACGAUCUGGACCACCCAGGAUACAACAACACGUACCAGAUCAACGCCCGCACCGAGCUGGCCGUGCGCUACAACGACAUCUCGCCCCUGGAGAACCACCACUGCGCCGUGGCCUUCCAGAUCCUCGCCCAGCCGGAGUGCAACAUCUUCUCCAACGUGCAGCCCGACGGGUUCAAGCAGAUCCGACAGGGCAUGAUCACAUUAAUCUUGGCCACUGACAUGGCCAGGCACGCAGAGAUCAUGGAUUCCUUCAAAGAGAAGAUGGAGAACUUCGACUACAGCAACGAGGAGCACAUGACCCUGCUGAAGAUGAUUUUGAUAAAAUGCUGUGAUAUCUCUAACGAGGUGCGUCCGAUGGAAGUCGCAGAGCCUUGGGUGGACUGCUUAUUAGAAGAAUACUUCAUGCAGAGCGACCGAGAGAAGUCGGAAGGCCUUCCCGUGGCCCCUUUCAUGGACCGGGACAAAGUGACCAAAGCCACGGCCCAGAUUGGGUUCAUCAAGUUCGUCCUGAUCCCCAUGUUUGAAACGGUGACCAAGCUCUUCCCUGCGGUUGAGGAAAGCAUGCUACAGCCCCUGUGGGAAUCCAGAGACCGCUACGAGGAACUGAAGCAGAUGGACGACGCCAUGACGGAGAGGAAGACGGAGAGCCGGGCAGGCGGGGGCACCGACAAGUCGAGGGAGAAAAGCAGAGAUGGGAAGCCAAGCGAAGUGCGCGUCUAAUCCUGUGACACUUGCGAUAUCGCCUGCGCAUUUCAAUCCCAACGAAGACGAACCCGGCGUCCGUUUCCCUCCCGAGCAGACCUCGCCUGAAGGAAGAGGACGUCCGUCCGCGGUGCCUGGUCCCGGCCGCUCGGCGUGAGACUCCUCCUCGGGGAGAAGCUGAACCUGACACCCUGGCGCCCACGACCAGAACCCUUUUGUUCACUGAUACAAAAAAAAAAAAAGGAAUUCAUGAUGCUGUACAGAAUUUUUACUUUUAA